AUGACGGUCUGUGGAGUGCACAAGCUUCUCUUGGUGCUAGUGGUCACUCUAAUGGCACGGCAUGGUGCUGCGACCACGUUCUCGCGGUCGUCAGCGUUUACCUUUGCCGGCCACGCCGACUUUCUGGCGGCGACGUCGGACCCAGACACGUCGCGAGCGUACUUUUUCUCAUUUGAGAGCCCGACGUAUCUUGUGGAGAUCGACACGGCUGCCAACACUGUUGUGUGGGAGGGCUCUGUCUCGGGGCUGAACAAGGUCAAGAGUGCAGGCUUUGACGCGAACAGCACGCUCAUCAUUGUCGCGACGUUUGAUGGGGUGGUGGCUACCGUCUCGCCGACGACACACGCGGUUGUAGAGUCGCACGCCCCGGCCGGGCGGCCACCGUACUUUGCACUUGUUGUGGACCCUGCAAGGAGCACGGCGAUUGUCUCGUGUGACCAAGACGCAGCGAUGAAGAUCAUGGUUUACAAGUAUUCGAUCAGCCCACUAGUGCAAGUGGUUGGGGAGAAUCUUGGAGAUCGGUUUUUCACCAUGGCUCUUGACCCCGUGACGGAGAUGAUGUUCGGCGCCUCGCUGACCAAGCCCACCAAGGUGGCGCCAUUCUCAGCCACAAGCUUGAAGACUGGAACGAUAUCAUCCAAGUUGCUCGAGUCAGGCGAGGACUUUAUGUCUGCGUCGCUGUUGCGGGGCGAGGGGACGCGUACCAAGGCUUACUUUGGAACGGAUUCGUCGGCCAACUUUGUUGUAGAGGUGGAUGUUACGGAUCCUGCCGCCUUUUUCCGAACAGGCCGGCGGCUCUUUACAGGCUCGGCUGGGAUUCGGUCUGCGGCGAUGGAUCCGACGACUGGGCUGCAGUACUGGGGCGCCAACUCGAUUCCUGUCGGGUUUGUGUACCUGGUGAACGCGACGAGCAUGGAACUUGUUGAGACGCUUACACUCAACACGGGCGAGAAGCGGCUACAGUCUGCGGUGAUCGACGUGGCCAACGAGCGGGUGUACUUUGGGACGCAGUCGAACCCGGCACAAGUGAUUGUUGUGGAGACUGCAACGUGCCCGAACAACUGCAACGCGGCGAGCAGCGGCGGUGUGUGCACCGGGACGACGUGCAACUGCAACACGCUCCGAGCCGGCUUUGACUGCUCGAUCAUUCUCUGUCCCUUUGACUGCUAUGGGCCGGAGCGCGGGGUGUGCAACCAGGGCGUGUGCGAGUGCACGGCGAACUUUACAGGCCAGUACUGCGAGGAGCGGCGGUGCGAGGGCGGAUGCGGCGAGGAGCUGAACCACGGAGUGUGCAACGAUGGGACGUGCGAGUGCGUGGUGGACAACGUGGGGUCGUGGAACGGACGCAACUGUGACCAGUUUUCUGUGGCGUGCAACCCGCCGGACUGCUCGGGCCACGGGGUGUGCCCGAUCUCGCUCAACGACCGGUGCGAUUGCGACGUGGGGUGGCAGUUUUCGCCGCUGUGCAAUGUCAACGAUGCCGACGCCGAGUCGCUCACGGUCGUCCUUGAGCUGUCCAAGCCGUACAACCGAAGCGUGUUUCUGGCAGCGGUGGCGUACGAGCUCGACAUCGACGAGUCGUGCAUCGUGAUCAAGGCCGAGCCGCCGGAAAACCCGCCAGACACGGUGACCUUUACCAUCAUCGACUGCGGCAACCGGACAGGACCCUCGCUUGUCCGCGAGCUUGUUGACGUUCUCACAGGGAAGAAGCCGGCGAGGCCCGCUGUGGACGGCAGCGAUUCUGAGCUAGGGCGGAUCGGAGUAACGUUUCCGGCGCAGGCGCCGCCAAAGGACACGUCUGGGGCGACGGGGGUGCUCAUCGGAGUCAUUGUGGCUGCCGUGGUUGUGCUCGGUGUGGGCAUCGGCUCCUACAUGGUGAUCAAGCGGAAGUUGCUGGCGAAGGCGCGCGCUGCGCGCGAGGCCAAGGAGUUUGAGAGCCUGUCUGGAGCCGAACUGAAUGCGUUUGGAGACUGA